AUGCCCGGCGAACUCCUCCGCACCGUCACGGCCAGCCUCUCGCGGCCCAGCAAGCGCAAGAUGGAUCGUUCGGCCGACCUCUUCCUCAUCACCGACCAGGACGUCGCGUACGAGCAGGACAUCCAGCGCAAUUCGGGCAGCGUCAAGCCGUGGCUCGACUACUACAGCUUCAAAAAAUCACGUGGCACCGUCUUGGAGCAGGCCUUCGUCCUCGAGCGCGCCGUCACCGUCCUGCCGCGCUCCUACAAGCUCUGGAAGCUCUACCUUGAGCUGCGCAUCCGUCACCUCUCCAAGAAGAAUCCGGCCAAGUUUGCAGCCCAGUAUGCCAAGGUCAACGCCCUGUUUGAGCGUGCUCUGGUCCUGCUGAACAAGAUGCCGCGCAUCUGGGAAAUGUACCUGCACUUCCUCAUGCAGCAGCCCAUGGUCACCAAGACCCGCCGCACCUUUGACCGCGCCCUCCGUGCCCUGCCUCUGACCCAGCAUAACCGCAUCUGGGCCCUCUACCGCCCCUUUGCGAGCUCUGCCUCGGGCGAGACUGCCGUGCGCAUAUGGCGACGCUACGUCCAGAUCCACCCCGAAGACACCGAGGACUUCAUCGAGCUGCUCAAGGACAUGCGCAAGUACACCGAGGCCGUCAAAAAGUACAUGGAAAUCCUCGACAAUCCGCGUUUCAAGAGCAAGGAAGCAAAAGGGCCCUUUCAGUUCUGGACCGAAAUGAUGGACCUCAUCAUCGACCACGCCAAGGAGAUUGAUACGAGCGACGACAGUGGCAUUGACGUGGAGAAGAUGAUCCAGAGUGGCAUCGCCAAGUUCCCUGACCAGCGAGGACUGCUGUGGGUCGGAUUGGCACGCUACUGGAUGCACAAGGGCGAGUACGAAAAGGCGCGAGACGUGUUCGAAGAGGGCGUGACUACCGUCAUGACAGUACGCGACUUCUCCGUCGUCUUUGAUACCUAUGUCGAGGCCGAGGAGACGAUGAUUGGCAUCAAACUAAAUGAGGCCGCAACUCGGUCCGAAAAAGGGACAAUCGAUGAUGCAGCAGAUGCAGAUCUCGACAUCCGCAUGGUCCGUUUCGAGUCGCUAAUGCAACGGCGGCCCUUUCUGCUGAACGAUGUCAUGCUGCGCCAGAAUCCACACAAUGUCAUCGAAUGGGAGAAGCGCGUGGCACUGUGGGGCGACAACAAGAAGGAGGUCGUCCAGACCUAUACGGAUGCCAUUGCCGCCAUCCACCCCAAAAAGGCAGUGGGCAAAUUCCACGAGCUUUGGACAAACUACGCCAAGCUGUACGAAGCAGGCGGAGAUCUCAAGAAUGCCCGCAUCAUCAUGGAGAAGGCAGUCAAGGUACCGUUCAAGUCGGUAGCCGAACUCGCGGAGAUGUGGUGUGAGUGGGCGGAGAUGGAGCUCCGCAACGAAAACUUUGACAAGGCCGUGGAAAUCAUGGCCAAGGCUACACAAGCACCCAAGCGGUCCAAUGUCGACUACUUUGACGAGUCCUUGUCACCGCAGCAGCGCGUGCACAAGAGCUGGAAGCUAUGGAGUUUCUACGUCGAUCUCGUCGAGAGUGUGAGCACCCUGGAAGAGACGAAGAAGGUGUAUGAAAGGAUAUUCGAGCUGCGCAUCGCGACGCCGCAGACCAUUGUCAAUUAUGCCAACUUGUUGGAGGAGAACAAGUACUUUGAGGACUGCUUCAAGGUAUACGAGCGUGGUCUCGACCUGUUCAGCUACCCUGUCGCUUUCGAGAUCUGGAACCUCUACCUCACCAAAGCCGUCGACCGAAAGAUUGGCAUGGAGCGGCUACGAGACCUGUUCGAGCAAGCCGUGGAAGAUUGCCCGCCAAAAUUCGCAAAGGUACUCUACCUCAUGUAUGGCGCCUUGGAAGAAGACCGCGGCCUAGCCCGUCACGCCAUGCGCAUCUACGAGCGAGCCACGCGCGCGGUUGCCGACGAAGACCGCCUGGAAAUGUUCAACUUUUACAUCACCAAGUCGGCCUCCAACUUUGGUCUCACCUCUACCCGUCCCAUUUAUGAGCGCGCCAUCACCGCCCUCCCCGACGCCGAGGCCAAGGAAAUGUGUCUGAAAUUCGCCGAAAUGGAGCGUCGCCUGGGCGAAAUCGACCGCGCUCGCGCCAUUUAUGGUCAUGCUAGCCAAUUUUGCGACCCGCGCACGAGCCCCGAGUUCUGGAAGAAGUGGGAGUCGUUUGAAGUCCAGCAUGGCAACGAGGACACGUACAAGGAGAUGCUACGUAUCAAGCGCAGUGUCCAGGCUCAGUACAAGUAUGUUUUCUCCCUUUUCCCUUUUUUCCUUUAUUCCAUAAACACAUCCAUGUCAAACAAAAUUCACACUAACACUCCCCCAGCACCGACGUCAACUUCAUCGCCUCCCAAGCCCUCGCCCGCGGCCAAGCCAACGGAAACCCAACCACCACCGACUCCAACCCAGAUGCCGACCCCCCCAGUGAAGACGCAAUGGCUGCGCUCGAACGCCAGGCUCGCGCCCCAGCGGGCUUUGUGGCGGCCUCGACGGGUCUUGCGGGUAAUAUCAAGACUGAGGAUGCGCCCGUGA